AUGACGAUGGCCGGGGAUCGAGGGGAGACGUCGCGCACGCUGUUUUCUGCCCAAAUCCUCGUCUUUGUCGUCGUCGGGCUGUUUGGCAAUUUGAAUAUACUGUAUGCGACGUAUCAGCACGAGCGGUUGAGGACCAAGAAUGGCAUUUUCCUUGCCCAACUCGCCGUGCUCCACAUUAUCGCCCUGGUUUUCGAGCUGAACAAUGCCUACUACGAAUAUUUUGCGAUUCCCGUGGUCAGGGAUGAGUGUUUUAAGAAAAUGACGCCUUUGAUGCUUGUGCAUGGGUGGCAGGGCUCGAUGUAUUUUGUGAUGGCGGUCAACUUUUUGUAUUCGGUUUUGAAGCCGUUAAAGUGCGUUGGU